UUUUUAAUCAGUCUGUUGAUUUUAUCUGUCCUGUUUUGGCAUAAAGAGGUAACACCGAGUAGGUAGUCGUGGUUUCCGACGAAAAAUGUUUUUUUUUUAAAUGUUUUACGAGCUUAUGCAAUAUUAAGCAUACAUACCUACGUAACGUGUAAGUACAUAUCAUGUAAGCGUGCCUGAAACUGCAGUAAUUCAUGGGGACCGGGUCAUUUAUUUUGACGGGAAAAGCCCUAUUAAAUGGUACCGUCGUUAUAAUAUUAUCAAGAGGGAUUAUAUUUUAAAGAUGCUUUACCUCUUCUACCUGUACAAGCUUCCGCAAUUCCCCCUUUAUUUUAUUUUACAAUGUCUGCCCUGGUCCAAUAUUGGCUCAUGGAUUUUUGGAUUAUGCCUAUAACAGAUAGUCCAAUAAAUAAGGUAAGUCAUGUAUGAGGUCAUUUAUGUACCUUUAAGUGGCGAUAUUACAGAAUUUACUUAUUUAAAAAAAUUAGCACUACUUAGACUAGUGGCUAUAGUAGCAGUAUAACAUCGGGCAACGAUUCCUUUUUAAUAAAGGUGGAUGUCCAAUCUUGUCUCGUCUUUACCUUCCCUAUUCUAGUUCUAGACGAUGAUAUGGAUAUGCAUAUGCAUUAACACGAUUUUCAACACGAUGCGAAAUGCACACUUUAUUACUGUAUAACUCUUUGUUGCACAUCUCAAACGCGAUACGUGAUACACCUACAAGAUUAAGCUCUACGGUUAAACAACAAGCGAUUUUAUCACGUUAGAUGAGUUGAGUAAUUAUAGUAAUCAUAAUAUCUUAAGAUCUUGAACAGCAUGGUUCUCCUGACAAUAACCGCACUUAUACUUGUAAUCGGGAUACUAUACUACCAUUUUACAAUCACUUUUAAUUACUGGAGAAACCAAAAUGUUCCAGGCCCUGGACCAAUACCAAUUUUCGGGAACACUUUGAAAUUUGUUUUAGCUUCAACUUCAUUGGGCGUUAUAUUGAAAAAAUUAUACGACGGUUAUCCGACGGAUAAAGUGGUGGGACUGUUCAGAAUGAGAACACCGUGUCUCUUAAUACGCGACCUGGAUAUUGUUAAACAUGUUUUGAUAAAGGACUUUCAUGUUUUCUCGGACCGUGGUGUCUCAUUUAGUAAGAAAGGGCUGGGAACAAAUUUGUUCCAUGCUAAUGGAGAAACUUGGCAAGCGCUAAGACAUCGCUUCUCGCCCAUGUUUAGCAAUCAGAAACUAAAGAACAUGAUGUACUUGCUCAAAGAUCGAGCUGAUAAGUUCAUGGAAUUUGUAAGUGAGGUGACAGCCGUCACUCCCGAGCACGAUGUGCACGGACUGAUGAGAAAGUACACGAUGUCAACGAUAUGGGCGUGCGCAUUCGGACUCGAUAUCGACACCUUUCAAGAAGAAAUACGAGCCACUUUGAAGAAGAUCGAUCAGAUCUUAUUUAACCGUAAUUUGAAAAUCGAGUUUGAAAUGAUGUACCCUGGCCUAACUAGAAAACUCAAAAUGGAGAUAUUUCCGAGGUUCAUGCACGAUUUUUUUAAAGAUCUCGUCAAAAAAGUAAUCACUCAAAGAAAAGGAGUUCCGUCGACUAGAAACGACUUUAUGGAUUUGCUUUUACAAAUUAAGAAUAAUAAAGAACUUCAAACUGCUAGAUCAUUCGGCGACAAAGAAGGUGAAACUGUAGAAAUAACUAAUACUAUAAUAGAAGCUCAAGCAUUCGCGUUUUAUGUAGCUGGCUAUGAAACAUCGGCGUCCACCAUGGGUUUCAUGUUAUACCAACUAGCACUGAACCCUGAGAUACAGGAGAGAUUAAGAAAAGAAGUAGAUGAGUAUCUUCAGAGACACAAUAGCCAAAUAAACGUAGCCACCUUAAAAGAAUUGACGUAUAUGGACCAGGUAUUUAACGAGACCCUUCGAAUGUAUCCUAUUGUGGAACAUUUACGACGAAAAGCGCAAACCGAUUAUAAGUGUCCUGGUACUAAUGUAAAAGUAUCUAAAGGACAACUAGUGCUUAUAUCUGUUUGGGGGAUUCACCACGAUGAGUUGUACUACCCGGAGCCGGAAAAGUUUAAUCCUGAUAACUUCUCUCCAGCGAAAACCGCUAGUCGGCAUCCCUGCGCGUACCUUCCGUUCGGUAUUGGACCGCGCCAUUGCAUUGCUACACGAUUCGCACAAGUCCAGUCACGUGUAUGCAUCAUCAGGCUGCUCUCCAGGUUUAGGCUGGAAGCUGGCAGGAACACUUCUCUAAGAUUUUCUUACGAUCCACGCCGGAUACCCCUCACUCCUGAUAAGCCGAUCUACGUGAACUUCUACUCGAGGAAGGACGCGCGAUCGAAUGCCUAAGGGCGUCCGCUGGAACGGACGCCCCGUCUAAUAAGAAAUUGUAUAAACAGCGCUAACUGGCGCGGGCGCGUGCGACGGAUUUCGCCUGGGAGCAGGACCCGCGAGCGUGUGCACGCGGCGGGCGCCCGCAUCAGCUAGCGGAGGCCCUAAGGGCUUCCGCUAGCUGGUGCGGGUGCACGCAGCGGGCGCACGCACGCGGCACGGGUGCCAUUGUAGGUAAAAUCAGUCGUACGCGUCCGCGCCAGUUACCGUUGCCCAUACUAUUUUCCGUUAAGAGGAAAGGGGACGGCCGCUUCUCCAUACAAACGUAGUCUCCAUUUUCCUAUCUGGAUGUUGACAUUAUGGAAAAUAUUUUUUUUUAAAUGUUUAUUGCACAAUUCAUGAAGGUACAAAUGGCGGACUUAAUGUCUUAAGGCAAAAAAUAUUGGCGAAGCCUGCGUCGUGGAACUUAUUAUGUGAGAUAUUAAGAGUAUCGCACGCCGUUUUCAUUGUUUUGAGUGUAUUACAGUUAACUAUAUAAAUUAGUCAUUCAUUUUCCUUAAAAGUAAAUGAAGUUGUUAUCGAAUAAUAAUAAGAAAUAAAUAUUAUAUGAUUUUUUUACAUAAUUGGAUAUAUAUUAACCAUAGCUAUGCUUGACUUUUGUCGAGUUUUUGAUUAAUUGUAAAAAUUUGAAGCGUAAAACAGUUGUCAUACAAAUUUUAACUCUUAUAAUAAUUUAAAAUUCGAAAUAAUCAAACAUAGGGACAUAGCUGUGGUUGAUAUACAACAAAAUGUGUCAAAAUAUUUUCAAUAAUGUUAAUAUCCAGAGAGGAAAAUGAGGACUACAUUUGUAUGAAAAGACGAUUUUGCGCGGGUCCUCCAAUCAGUAGUAGUCCAGCUCACCCGCUACGUGCAACCGUGCAAUUAGUUAUUAGUCAAUUUGUGUAAGAAUGUCCUUAUAUUUAAAAUAACGCUUCAUAAGUAUCUACCAUUCUGUAACAGCUUAACAAAAAGUGAUGUCUUUAAUGUAGAAGAACUAAGACUGUAAAAGAUAUAUUUUUGAACGCGAAUUUUAGAAAAUUACCUACAUUUGGAAAAGUUAUAAGGAAUAUCAGAUACUUUUGACGCGUUAUUUCAUCCGCUACUUUUGAUGCUGACUGUAUUACUUAUUCAAUUAUGAAGUAUCAUAGUAGCACACCUCCAAAAUGAAUAUUAUGAUUAUUUGUCUACUAUUUAAUUUUGUCAAUAAUUAUGACUAAAAAUGAUGAUGUUGAAACUGUUUUUCUUUAGCCUAGUCGAUAUUGAACCUACCUACUAUGUAGUAGGGCCCGGGCUCGAAUCUGAUAAAGGCAUAUAUUUAACAACGGUCAAUUUAAAUUGUUAUAAUAACACUUACAAUUAUUAUAAUGCUAUACGCUUGCUCAGGACUCAAGAGCUCGAAACAAAAACUAACUUUGCUGUCUUGUUUUAACAGUUUUCAUAGCUACACUUUACAAACACUAGUAUGUAACUGUACAUAUUCCACGGUAUAUUAGCCAAAAAACACUCGUGUGAUCUUUUUCUGGAA